UGAAAACCAUGGGGUCAGAAGAAGAAAAUCUUUUAUUCCAAUUCAAUGUUCAUACUUUCUUUUAAAAGCCCCUUUCUAGUUGAUUUUGCAAAUAAUUAAAGCCAAAAAGAAAAAUUAAGAGACCGAUCCCGGGAUUGACACAUGGAGCACUAAGGCCAGCCCAGCCCAGAUAUGGGAAGCCCAUGGGGCCUGAAAUCCCUAACUGGCGAAGAUGGAGACCGGUCGUGUAGGUCCCAUCACAUCACAGCAGCCACUGCGACGCACCUACCAAUCACAACCCUGCACCCGCGUCGCACAGGAACGCCCCUCGAGGUUCCUCACACUCGUCACCAUUUUUAAUACCCAGAAUAAAGCCUCACUCAGGGACCCUUUAGAGCUUCAACCCACCUACACCCAUGAAGAAGCUCUAUCGCAAAGGCACUGUUCACCCUUCGCCGCCGCCGGUCAUCUCCGACCAGCACCUCGCUUUUCUUCCUUCUGCUAUCCUCACCCUCGCGGCCGCUCUCUCGCCGGAGGACCGGGAGGUUCUGGCUUACCUUCUGUCGUGCUCCGGCACUUAUACUAGCGGCAACAGGAAGACCACCACCCAGAAGAGUGGGGACCAUCCGCCCCUGUUCAACUGCAACUGUUUCAGAUGCUAUACGAGUUACUGGGUGAAGUGGGACUCGUCGCCGAAUCGUCAGCUCAUACACGAAAUCAUCGACGCGGUCGAAGAUGGGUUGGUGCAGAGUAAGAACCCAAAGAGCAGGAAAGAAAGGAGGAGAAAAGGGUGUACUGGGUCAGAUGAGUUGAAACAGUCCAAGCUGAGUUCGGGGAAGGACGAGCUGGGUCAGCCAGAAUCGGUGGCGGAGACUAGUGGAAACGGCGGCGGCGACGAUUAUGAGGGUUGUGGUGAUGAUGGAGAAGAAGGGUCAGAGAAGGGAUCAGUGAGAAAGUUUGUGAGUUUUCUUGGAGAGAGGAUUUGGGGUGUCUGGACCCAAUAAGUUGGAGAAAAGGUGGGUUUCAGUUUUCUUCUUCUAAAAAAAUUUCCUUUUAUUCUGGUUUUUUUGAAUCAACCCGAUUACGAUGUAAAAAAAAAAAGGGGUUAGUUUUGAUCUUCAUCAGGACUUUGUUUCUCCAAUAUCCAUGUCUGCUUUCUAUGUUAAAGCUCUCUGUAUAUAUUCAAAGGAAUGAUGAAUAGCUGGGUAAUCAAUUUUGGGUUCCCUUUUCCUAA